AUGACCAAUGAUUUGACACUCCAAGUCCCUAGCAAACCGAAGUUGUCCCGCCUUGCAGCUCGUUGCCACUUUCCUGCAAUCGCAUCAUUGGAUCCCUUUGUCGUGCUUUCGCAAGCUUGGGUCGUUGGUAAGGAGGAUGGUUACACAUUCCUUGGGAGGCGAUCUGAGCAAGUACGACUAGGGGUUGACGCCAAAGCAACGGAGCUUCGAAGCACAGCUUUCGUUUCUCGAACAAACUGGAAAUUAAGCUUCUGGGUGAGUCUGAUUGACAAAUCUCAAUCUGCGUUCACCACUUGGCGGAGUUACAGCGAUUCCGGGACCACGUGGCCAGCUGCAGCAGCGAUUCCUAAGUGCAAGUUUUAUCGUGUUCGUCACCAUGUGCUACAAAGGGGUCCAACAUUCCUCCUCAUUCCCACCAUUCUCUAUUCUGACUGCAAGCAUCACAACAAACCCCUUUGUUGUCGUCAUUGCACUUGUUGCAGCGUCUCGUUUAUUACGGCGUUCUUUUCUUUUUCCCUUUCUCGGUUCCCAAUCUUCAUCAGCAUGUCGACCUAUGAUGACACCACGGCUGCUGCAGCUCAGAAGAGUGAGGAAACAAAGGGCGCCGCUCAGGAUUUUACCGGACCAGCUCAGCAGAAGGCUGGCGAAGCUGGCGGAUUUGCCCAAGAUAAAGGGAUCCAAGCCAAAGACGGCGUCAGCGGCGUGGUGAAGCAGGCUGGAGAUGCAAUUGGCAACGCAGCUCAGUCAGUGGCAGAUACCGUUAAUCCAAACAAGUCGGAUUGAGCCCUUGCAUCGCUGCAUCGUCCAAGUUGAUUUUGUACAGCUCACUGCAAUUUGGGCGCGAUUCGGAAGUAACUGAUUGUUAAUCUUGCAGUAGUGACUACACGCAUAAUCUGGCUUAGAGAAAGUAUUGUAAUUUGUGAAGACGUUAUUUACACUGAAUAGCAUUUCGAUCUUUCUCCUCCAGUGUAUGUUCACCUCUGCAAUCAACCGUUUGUUCACAGUUAAAGGAGUUGAAUACGAAAAUCGCAGCAAAUUUUCCAACUAA